UCCCACAAUCCAGCUGCCCAUUCUUCGUCGUCGAACAAAAACGCGGAAACAAAAGAACUAAUCAGUUUUUCAAAACAAGCAACGAGUCGGCAUAAAGUGAGCCUUGUCGUGGGUGACAGCUGUCAGAGUUUAGACCGUAGCUUCUCAUAACCCACUCACAAAGACUUAGCAUGGCUUUGAAGAGAAUACAGAAGGAGCUAAAUGACUUGCAGAGAGACCCUCCAGCUUCAUGUUCUGCUGGACCUGUAGGAGAAGACAUGUUUCACUGGCAAGCCACCAUCACAGGACCGAAUGACAGCCCUUAUCACGGAGGAGUUUUUUUCCUUUCUGUCCAUUUUCCCACUGACUAUCCCUUUAAACCACCAAAGGUCGCCUUUACUACAAAAAUCUAUCACCCAAACAUAAACAGCAAUGGCAGCAUUUGCCUUGACAUCUUGAGGUCUCAGUGGUCCCCUGCUCUUACGAUUUCAAAAGUUUUGUUGUCCAUCUGCUCCCUUCUUUGUGACCCAAAUCCCGAUGAUCCGCUCGUCCCUGAGAUUGCACAGAUCUACAAGACAGAUAGACAAAAGUAUAACAAGCUAGCUAGAGAAUGGACCCAGAGGUAUGCAAUGUGACAGAAAAGCAACAACUUCUGCCAGAACUUCUCAACAGAUGACAGUACUGUUCAAGUGCUUUCUCCACACUGGUUGUAACUGAGGUGUUUAAUAUGCUUAAUGCACUUUCUCUACUGAGGUUUUACUUGACUUACCCGUUUUACUAUUUUGGCAUUAUUGGAAUUAUUAUUCUGAAUAUUUUAUUUGAAGUGUUGCGGUGGAGCGACUGUAUGUUUCUUUGAACAGAUUUGUAUUUAUAUUUUUCAUUAUCUUGAAAUAAAGAUAUUUAGCAGAAUAUGAA